CAAGGGUGAGGAAAAAAAAUAACCGGGCCGUUAUGGUAUAGACUUCACAGUUAUGGACCUUUUCCAGAGAAACCUGUGGAAGUAGGACUCAGGCAAUUCAUAAAUGCUUACUGGAUUCUUCUCUGUCAGCACAUCACAAGACUCCAGAACACCCUGCACCAUGAGCCACAGAUGUGGCAGGUCCUCACCAGAGAGAAGUGAUUUAUAUAAAGAGCAGUCAAAAGCAGCAGAUGGCAAGUGUUUCUGUUUCAACACACAGAGUGGGAACUCUAAAUAUUUUAAUCAACACAAAGACAAGCAGCACAAAAUAAGACGUCUGAAGACCAGAAAGGAAAGAUAUCAGAAGGCUGGAAAAGGCACCUCAAAAAACAGGGCACACCUCCACGACUGUUUUUGCCAGAGCAGGAAAGACUUGACCUUUUUCCCAAACUGUUGUCAAUGUCGUCAUCGGCCAACAAGGAAAAAAACACCAAUUUCAAGUGCUCCUCUCGUUACACAGGAGCCAAGUAUUAUCACGGAUAGCCGUCUUACAGGACACCAUGGUCUCUUUAAUCAUGAGGUAAAGUCCAUUGACAUUGAACGCCUGCUAAGAAAGAACUGCACACUUCAAAGAGAACAGAAUACAGAGGAGGUAAAGGAUUACUCCUCAAAUUUAUCUCCAACAACUUGCAGUCCUGUUCUGCUGUCCAGUGAUGGUUUGCUGGGUGCUAAUGUUGAAGGAUGUAUGGCAAGUAAAAGGAAUGCUACUACAAAAACUCACGAUGACUCCCAAGGUAUAGAAACGAUAAACCUUCAGUCCAGCAAUAAAGAGACAGAUGUAACACCAGGAGUACUACAACUUUACUCUUCUAGUGAAAGUCGUAAAAGCCUUAACCAAUCUAAAGACAGCAUCCAAACAACCAAGACUAAAAGUACAGAUAAGGGUUUGUCUGGAAUGAACGAAGCCUUCUAUAUGAAACCUUUUGACAAUCGAGAUAAAAUCAAUACUUUAAACAGGACAGCAAAUGAGAUGAUUUGUGAUCAAAAGCAGCUUUAUAAGAACCAGGACACUCAGACUAAAGAGAAUGAUCUAAUAUUAAGUCCAUUUGGACGAGUUCCCUUCCUCUCUGACAAAAAUCCUGACCUUAUUUUAAAGAACACACAUGUAUUGGCUGCACGUUUGUCAGAGUCCCUACAUCUUCCAGUUUCAAUCAGGAGAAACCCGUUGUCAGAAAGCAAAGAGGUUUUGCUAAAAUCCCUGCAGGAGAGACAUGGACCGUGCCUACAAGAAAACCUAAAGGAGCUACAGAGAUCUCUGGGAUUUCUUAUAGAGCCUUCAAAGGCAACACUGGAGAAAGAAAAAGACGUGAUGGGAGAAGAUUACCUUUUCUCUACAGAUACAUCUUUGAAAACCACAGGAAGUGAAAAUUUUUGCAGGAAAUCCAGUUCACAGUCACGUCACAGUCUACAGCUGGUUGCUGAGGAGGUGGCAAACCCAGCUGAUUCCUUUGUCAACAUUCUGGAUGAAACCUUUAGACCUGAUUACUCUCCUCAAGUCUUCAUGGACUUUGAGCCUUCUGGGACCUCAGUAAAUGACUUGUUUACUCACUAUCAAAUAUUACCCAAAGGAGAAAAUGUCUCAAGGCCAGAGUGUUGGGAAGAAACCAGAUCUAAGACUCAAGAGUCAGCUAUGUGCAAUUCAUUUGAAAGCCAAUUUUUGAACCAGUCUUGGAAGUCAAGACAGUGGAUUAGUGAGCAGCAGCCACAUCAUAGCAAAGUCCAGCAUUUCUUUCCAUACCAAGAUAGACAUUUAGCAGCUAUGCAACAAGAUAGACAUUUAGCAGAUACGCAACUUUUUCCCCAGGAACAGAACGAAUCUGAAACUGACAGAUUUUAUUCUGCGCCUGUCUACCAAUCCAAAAGUCACAGUUGCCCACAGAACAAUCUCUUGCAGACUUUUGGUCAGCUUUCACCUUUUCACCCAAACUUCAGGUCCAAUCCUGCGGACAUGAUGGACUAUCCCCCAUCCCACAUGCUUGAAAAAAGUCUGGCUCCUCGUUCUUCAUCCUUACACAGCCCUGAGCACUGGUCUUUUCCUCCUAUGAGACUGUACUAAGGUGCUGUUGAUGUCUAGAUGGAUGACUGCCUGCAAAAAGUUCUCUUAAGAUUUAACACCAUCAAGAUAAAGUGUGCCUGUUUGCUUAUUUGAAUCAUAUUAA